AGCAGUGUGCAUUGAUAUCAAAUACAGAACCACUUGCUCACAUUUAACCCGCGCAGGUCCCUCCCGUCCGAGGUUAACCAAAAAGUACUGAAACCCGUCUCCCUGAAAAUAAUACGGCUAGCAUUGAAAAAAAUUGCGUCUUUUAUGGUAAAAGUGAAAGCAUCACAACUUGUUUACUUCUCCCAUGUAGAUACAAUGUAAAACUCAAUUAUUUCCCAAGCUGUGUGAGUUUUCGUCAAAAAAAAAAAAAAAAGAAUAAGAAAAUAAAGUAUUGGUUCCAGUGCAGGGUCACGUGGAAAUUUAAUACCUGGUUUCAUUAUUUUACAUGACACCGGCUAUCGCAAACCAGCUGAAACUUGAUGGUCCUCAAAUAGAAACAGCAGAAACGUCCAAACAUGUUCCCAGUGGUCCGACAAUGUCUCUUUCGCUAUUUUCUCGUCGCUUUUCUUAUAAUCUUUGCCAUCAUCAUGAUUUUAGGAUUCACCAUGCUUAUCACUGGAGAGGAGAAGGUCUUCAUCAAUGAACCCAUGGUUUUCAAAGAAGUUGACCAUCAUAAAUUAGGCUCUGCAGAUGCUCUUCAAGAAAACAUUGCUCACCCAAUUAUACUGUGGUGGACUAAAUUCACUGGGGAACAGUUCAAUGUUUUCAAGUGCAAGAAUGUCACUUGUGUGUUCACUGAAGACAGACAUUAUAAAAAUCACCCAAACACAAAGGUAAGUGGACCGAAUCAUUUUCUUCUGUUCAUUCAUGAUCUCCUUUCAAAGUAUGGAUCAUGUUGGGCAGUUUGUUUGUUUGUGUUUAUAAUAAUUACAAUUCUAUCUGGUUUCUUUCUUAAUUAUUUCUUUGUUUACAAUUUCAGUUUAGUUGACCCAAUCAAUGGAAUGUCUCAUAAGGACUUUUACAAGCUUAUUGCUAAAUAUAAGUUUGCUUUUUCAAUGGAAAAUGGAAUCUGUGAUGACUAUAUGACUGAGAAACUGUGGCGCCCUCUUAUGGUUGGAACUGUACCGGUAAUUCUUGGCUCCAGCAAAGUUAGAGAUUUCCUCCCUCAUGAAAAGUCAGCUAUUAUCAUUGACGACUUUGACACAGCAGAAAGUCUGGCUAAAUAUUUACUCUACCUUAACAGAAAUGAUGAAGAAUAUGAGAAAUAUUUACAGUGGAAGAAGACUGGUAUCACCAACAAAUAUCUAAAGGAUUUGAUGGCUCAUCGAGAAUGGUAUUCGUCAGAUGAAGGGGUCAUGCAGUACAAUGGUAUUAGCUACAUCGAAGGCUUUCAGUGUUUUGUUUGCCAACGGAUACACAAGAAUAUGAGACUGGAAAAAGAAGGGAAAAUGCCUAAAGUAUACCAGGCUACGUUAGAACACUAUGGCUGUCCAGCACCAAUCCAAUUUAAUGCUCAAAGUCAAAGAGUUGAUUCUGAUAAAUGGAAAUACGAAUGGCAACAUCAAAAGAUGAUUGCUGAAAAAUUGAGACACUCUAUAGAUAAUGGUAAUAAUUUUACCUGGAAAGAUGCUAAUAUUUUCUUACACAAUUAAUAAAGUUAUUUAUCUACCAUCAAUCACUACAGUAUACACAUUCCUUUAAUAGAAACAAAUACACAUUCCUUUACACUGUGUACAUAUAUAUACACUUACUCUACACAUAUUUUUAAUAACCCAGGCAAACAACGUGUCGAAUAUCCAGACUCUGCAUGUUCUUCAGUUAUACAUACACACAAACACGUACAUACAUAUGUAAUGAAUGUAUGUAAUCAUACAAAAGCACACACAUACAUAUACAGAAAUAUAUAUCUCUUUAGACACAGGCACACACAUAUAAUCUAUACACACAGACAAUCAAAAAUCCCAUGUACACUUCAUCCCUUUCAAAAGCACCAUCUAACUUUAUAAGGAAAACCUUGACAACCAUUUGAACUUUGCAGAGAUGGUAUCAGACUGUCGUGUCUGUAACCUUUAAUGUCUCUUUUUCAAACGUCUCAUGAUACCUGCCAGUCUUCACCACCUACGUUCACCAUCACCAUCCUCUGCUAGAUACUUAGUGGGGAGGAGAAUCUCGUUACAUAUAUUUUUGUUAUUUACUCUUACAGAUAUUGAGGAAUUAUCAUCGAUCUAUCGUGUGGGGCCGUUAUUACAGCACUUCAGUGUUGUGGUAAGGGCCACUGCUAACCUUGUCUUGUUUCCAUCUUGUCUCAUUCAUAAUUUCAUCGUGAUGCCAUUUACUUAAUAUCAGACAAUACACUUCUGUUAGAAUGAUGCUAUCAACUCUGACGGAUUCGUUUAUCUCUUAUGGUUUAAAAACCGACAUAUAGCCCAGGGUGAGGUACUGACUGCUUAAAAGCUGUGCAUGGAUUGUUGAGGAGAGAGAUUUUUUGGGGGGAGGGUGAUCUGGAUUUUUGUUAGGGUUAGGGUACAGCAAUGUCUAGAGUCAUGAUACAGGUAGGAAGCUGAGAUUUACUAAUUCAGGAUAAUACUUAAAAAAAUUUUUUUUAUUUGUUUCAGUUAUUGAAGUGUGGCCAUGCUAGAAUAAAAACCAUCUUGAAGGUUUUUAGUUGAAUAAAUCAACACCCUUACUUAUGUUUUUUUUUUUUUUAAUGUCUGUUACUUAUUCCAUCAGUCUCUUUUGCCGAGCCUCUAAGUUUUGGGAAUGUAAAACAAACCGGCACUAGUUAUCGAGCAAUGAUGGGGUGGUAAACACAGACACAAUGACAUACUCACAAGGCAUUGGUCAGCCCGGUGAUGUAGUAGAAGACACUUGCCCAAGGUGCCAUACAUGUUCUACUAUAAUAAUCAUUUCAAAUUUUGGCAUAAGACCAGCAAUUUUAGGAUUAUAGGAUAAGUCAAUACCAUCAACCUAGUAUUUGACCAGUACUUUAUUUUAUUAGUAUUUGACUGGUACUUGAUUUUAUUAACUCUGAAAGGCAAAGAUGACCUCAGUGGGGUUCGAACUCAGAAUGUAAAGAAAUGUUGCUAAAUAUUUUAUCCGACACAUUCUGAUUCUGCCAGCCUAAUAAUUUUGAAAAAUUAAUUAAACGAAGGGAGUGUAUUUCAUUAGAAAUAUGCUAAUAAGAGAGUUAAGUAAAGAAGGGGAGAAAGUUUAUUUUUUCCAGCAGAUCAUGUACUUAAUAGAAUUGUAACUUAAAUUAUGUCAAACAAAAAAACUAAAGUUAAUUAAUCAUGAACUUAAUUCUUCAUCACUAAUCUUUCUGAAAUACAGUAAAUAAUUUUGAAUUCACUGAUUACAAGUUUUUAAAGUGUUAAUUUGGAAGAAUUAAAGAUUUUCUAAUUUUAAAGAAAAUUUGAUAUGAUGAACUAUGUUUGAGAGCAAUUACAGAUCUGAAUGUUCACGUUUCAUCUUACUUCAAUAUCAUGUUAAAUGAAGGGGAAUAAGACAAGGUUAACACUUUUUUUUUUUCCUUUUUGACUUUCCAUGAAAAAAAAAAAAUAUGAAGAAAAUAUAAAUUCAGUCUUCCUGAAAUUAGGAGGUCCAGCUUCUAAAUAUUUCAUCAGUCCAACAACACCCAUCCUUGAAAGUAAACUGCUGUUCUGAAGAAGAAAAAAGUUUUUUUUUUUUUUUUGGUUUUAUUUGUAUAUUAUGUAUAUAUGUGUCUGUGUAUGCAUGUGUAUAUAUAUAUGUGUGUAUAUAUGUUUAUGUUUAUGUAUGCAUAUGUAUAUGUAUUUAUGUGUGUAUGCAUGUAUGUAUACAAUGUGUGUGUGUAUGUAUGUCUAUAUAUAUAUAUGUAUAUACGUAUGCAUGUGUGUAUUAUGUAUAUAUAUGUGUAUGUAAAUAUGUAUAUGUAGAUAUGUAUAUGUAUGGUGAUGUAUGUGUAUAUAUAUAGCAAACAUGGAUAAUUUUUGCUCUUCUCUUCUGAAUCCCAAGUCUUUUUAUAUUGCUCAUUUGUACACAUUUCCGACAUGUGCUAAACUUACCAAUAACACUCAUUUAGUAGACAUUUCAUUUCGAUUGUUACUUCCAAAAUGUUACCUAUCUUAUCGUCAAACCAUUUCACUCGUCAAAUCCUACAGUUCUCUGCUUAUUACCUACCACCGAGAACUCUAAAGGUUGACGUUCUCAUCCAACACAUCUAUAUUGUUCCUAAACGAUUAAACAAAAAAAAAACCAAAGAAAAAAAAAAGGCAAAAAUUUUAAAAUGGAGUCAAAACAUUUUCUAUAUUGCACUUGAGAAAUAUGAGAUACCUCCACAUGGGUCAUGUGUUAAAUAUUGCAGCUACUACGAAAUACAGAUGUUACAUAAUCAAAAUAACUUUUAAAAGCUAUUUGGUCAGUUUUGACAAAUCAUUAUGUUCUGAUAUGAACCCCUUGUUUCCAACUGUUUAUAUAAAUAAUGUCUCUAGGUUAUGGCUGUGACAGCAUGAUAAUGCUUCCAAAAUGAUCUAAACUUCCUUGCCUCUCUUUAUUAUUAUUAUUUUUUUUUUACCUUUAUUUUCCAUGUCUUUGUUUCAUGCAGAGACAUUCAUGUAGAUGUAUUUGUUCUUGAUUAGAAUUUUUUUUUUUUUUUUAAACUUAAAACAAGCUAUGUCAUUUGAGCUGAAAUGAAAUAAAAUUUCUUUGUUAAACUA